AUCUGGGGGAGAGCUAGAUGCCUCAUGAGGGAGACUUUGCCCCCCGAUAGCCCCCAGGAUAUGCCUCCAGACAACAAUCAGCAACCACCCCCGACAGGGGAUGGCCACGAGCGUGCAGAUGACCCUGUGACCCAUCGCCUACAGACAGACCAGGUUCAGUUGAUGGGGUAUAAUUCAGAUGGGAGCAUCUACUAUGAGGUGAUCAGGGACCCUGAGAAGAAUUAGGUGCUCCCUAGGGGGAAAAAGAUUGUACUGCAGUACAAUGCAACGACACAACCUGUUGGAUGAACCUGUAACCAAUUUAGGCGCAGUACAUGGAAUCUUGUAAGGAGCGGCUCCUACAUACAUAUGCGGGAUGAAUGGCUGAGGGUAGAUAAGCAGUUAAAGAAAGCUAUGUGGCAGGCGCUGGUGGAAGAGUUUUAUCUCCUGAUAUCUUUAGAUGAACAAAAGGCACAGCACGAAGCGUUCCAAGAUAUGGGACGAAAGCACCGUUCAUGGAAGCAUUCUUUUAAAACACAGCUACAGAUUCGAGACGGUGACACGCCUGAGACUAUACAUGCAAGAGUGCCUGCCAAAGUUUUUGAGAAGUAUGACAGAGUAGAUGUGGAGCAUCUGCUGAGAGAAUGGUGUACCGAGCAAAAAAGGGAGGCCUGUGAACAGAUGAAGCGGAUGCGAGAGCAGAACAACCUCACCCAUUGCAUGGGAUCAAAGAGCUAUGCUAGGUUUAAUCAUGAUGAGGCAACAACUUCUGGCACUCCUCCCACUCAGGCGGAAUCAUUCGUCAAGACGCACACGAGGCGGGACGGGAAUCACCCAAACGAGUGUACACGGGAGAGGAUGACACAAAGUAUAUCGAAUGACCCUGCUGCUACGCAGAGCGUUUCAGAGGACAUGGUGUGUUGGGCACCAAAUGACGCGUAUGAAUAGGUGCUUGGGAAGCCUGAAUACGCGAGAGAGUUCGGCAAGUCGAGCCGAACGUUAUACCUGUAUGGGGGAUAUCCUAUUCCUACCGCACCCGUUCACAGGCAGGUCCAUCAUAGUGUACACCUUGGAGCUGCUCUGUACACGAGGGUAGGCUUCCACGAUGGAGAUACAGCUACGGGCUCAGACCGAUAGGAAUGACGCAUUAGAGCAGUGUAUGAGGCAAUUCGAGUUUAUUCUUUCCUCCAUGGGGGCACUACAUACGAGCUUGGUUGCUCAGCACUCAACAUAGCACAAUAAAGGUAGUACGUCAUCUGUCAUAGGUAAUGCGAUGACGAUUGGGCCUCUGUCGCCCCAGGGUCCGGUCUUGCCCCUUGGACGGCAGUAUUCACCAUCGCCGCUGGGCCAGCAUUCUCCCACUGGGACACCCUCGCCUGCUACCUUGUCCCUUGCGCAUCAGUCGCCCGUUGGCGAGUCGACACCUGGUACGGGAAAUUGUGAUUCCCAAAAACCCAGCCGUGAAGAUUUGUAGAGUUUUUG